AUGAGGUCCGGCGGCUGUAUAGAUGAUGAUGAGUGUUCCAACAAAGACACCUGUUCUGAGAACGCCUACUGCGUGAACCUGCCUGGGACGUACCAAUGUGUCUGUCUGGAGGGGUUCACAGGGAACGGUACCACUUGUACAGAGAUCGUCACCACCACCACACCUGCAAGCCUUUCAACAGUGGAGACCACAACAACCACCACCGAGAUGAACACCACCCCAGUCCCACCGACACCAUCAACUAGCAGCAUGGAGAGUUCAACAUCGGCUGCUGCGGAUUCAACUACUUCGGUCAAGACCACCACUAGAACUACGGAGAAGGGCGACGACAUGGGUACAGAGCCGCUGAGUGAGAGCAGCACUCCUGCUGAGUCCACUAUCAGCACCCUGGCAGACCUGCAGUAUGACAGGGAUAACCCCGCAUCAGUGCUGGAUCUGCUGCUUCCACACUCAGAACGAACGGACGACGGGUCCUCAAAGGACGGAACGGUCGAGUCGACAACCUGCACGGACGCCAUGACAGCUCUUGCCAGGCUGUCACGGACAUCAGGAGUCAAGGAUUCCACAGACACGAUGGCCAAUCUGCUCGAUACGGUCAUCACUCUGUGUGGGACCCUGCCAUUGGACGCCCAGGCAGAGGGAGGUAACGUAGUAGGAGCGAUGACAGAUUCCAUCAAGCAAAGCGUUCUGAGAGGAGCCAGCAUGGAAGAACUCACUCCGACGGCGUCAGCAAGGUUUGGUAAUGAGUGGGUGGAGAUUGGAUUUCGGUUGAUUUCCGGUAUGCGAUCCGAGAUGCCUUGGAUGGUCGCAAGGAAUGUGUACUGUAUAAUCAUGGUGUAA